UGGCCAGCGCUUGCGCAGCCGCCAUGUUCGGUUGCUAUGCUGCGGCCUAGGAGACCGGGUGUGCUUGAGGGAGGAGGAGGAGACGGAGGAGGAGGAGGAGGAGAGGGAGGAGGAAGGAGCCAAGGAGGAGGAGAAGGAGGAGGAGGUGACCGAACUUCUCCUCUGCACUCUCACACAUCGAAGCCGCCUGGAGUCCCCGUCGCCUCACACGCGCUCUUGCUCUGUGGUCGCGAUUUUGUUCUCUCAGGACUAUUGGGUCCUGUUAGAAAGCGGGGCCCCGGCUUGGGAAGACGACUUUGGCCCGGGGUCCGCAGUGGGGCCCGCGGCACUUGGGGGGCGCGCGUGUUGAGGAUUAGCUCAUCCUCUCUGCGAGGUGCGAGCGCGCCGCCGGCCCCGCAGGAUGACGGGGUGCUGCUGGCGGCCGUGGGCCGAGGUGCGGCCGCUGUGGCGGCGGCUCGCGGGGCGCUGACGGACCGGCACCCCACGCGGGCCACGCGCCUCUCGGCUGAGCGCGGCCGCAGGCCUCCGGGCUUCUUUCGUUUGGAUUCUUUUUUCUCCAGCCGAGAGGACGCGGCUGUGGUAACGAAGGAAUCUGUACUUGGGCCCCGAAAGUUGAAAUGGCACGACACACAUAAAGCCUUCACUUCGAUUUUUAUAAUGUUCUGGAGUCGUCACUGCCUUAGUCUUCAAAUAUCUAGGACCUCUUAGAGGAGAAAUGCGUGCUGCUGGCAUUUUGGGAAUUCAAGCGCAAUGAGUGACCUGUGGCCCCAUGGCUUUAAAUUUUUGUGUUUCAGUGACAGUGUUUGUUAAUAGUUACCGGAAAAAUGGAAUUGUUCUUCAUGUCCAGGAACAGUUCCCACACCUGGAUUGGCUCAGGAAUAAAUAUUUCUACAAGCCAAUUCGGAGAUUGAAGAGAAGCUAGAAUUAUUCAAAUAUAAAGUAGUUGUGGUGUCUGUAGACACCUAACUAUGCCUUCCCGGGGUUCCCGCCGACGGAACCGUCUAGAGUUCCUUCCACUGGUGAUGUUUCUGCGAAACUUAGGCGGGGAGACUCUGGCCUGCAUGCAGAAUGCCAUCAGGGUGCCAGGGCGGUCAGCAGGCUCCGAGAGUGGCCCCGGGAGGACCUGUGUCCACCAGCCACUUCGGGAGCAGCAGCUAGGGGUGACCGCCCUCGGAGCCAGCCUACUGGGCAGGUUUAAAACGUGGCCUUGGAGGAAAAACAAAAACAAAAAGCCAGUGUCAGCCUGCUGAAAGACUACUGGAACGAAAGCCAGAGCUCUGUGAAGUCCUGGGCUUCUGAACCUUAGUGUAUCAGAUUGGGGAGGGGGGACCUUAAGCAGUUAUUCAGUGUGCUU